AUGGAUGAUAAAAAUGUUGUAGUGGAUGAUGUAGUUGUUGUAGUGGAUGGUGUUGGUGUUGUAGUGGAUGUUGCAGGUGUUGUAGUGGAUGUUGCAGGUGUUGUAGUGGAUGAUGCAGGUGUAGUAGUGGACAAUUCAUGUAAUAACGUGGAUGAUGCAGGUGUGAUAGUGGAUGAUGUAGUUGUUGUAGUGGAUGGUGUAGAUGUUGUAUUGGAUGGUGCAGGUGUAGUAGUGGAUGAUUCAGGUGUUGAAUUAGAUAAUGCAGGUGUUGCAGUGGAUUAUACAGGUGUUGUAGUCGAUGAUGCAGGUGCUGAAGAGGAUGAUGCAGGUGUGGUAGUGGAUGAUUCAGGUGUUGUCGUGGAUGAUGCAGGUGUUGAAGUGGACGAUGCCGGUGUUGAAGUGGAUGAUGCAGGUGUGGUAGUGGAUGAUGCAAGUGUUGAAGUGGAUAAUGUAGGUGUUGUAGUGGAUGGUGCCGGUGUUGAAGUGGAUGAUGCAGGUGUUGUAGUGGAUGACUCAGGUGUUGAAUUAGAUGAUACAGGUGUUGAAGUGGAUGAUGCAGGUGUCGUUGUGGAUGAUUCAGGUGUUGCAGUGGAUGAUGCAGGUUUUGUAGUGGACAAUUCAGGCGAUGAAGUGGAUGAUGAAGGUGUGGUAGUGGAUGAUUCAGGUGUUGCAGUGGAUGAUGCAGGUGUUGAAGUGGAUGAUGCAGGUGUUGAAGUGGAUGAUGCAGGUGUUGUAGUGGAUGACUCAGGUGUUGAAUUAGAUGAUACAGGUGUUGAAGUGGAUGAUACAGGUGUCGUUGUGGAUGAUUCAGGUGUUGCAGUGGAUGAUGCAGGUUUUGUAGUGGACAAUUCAGGCGAUGAAGUGGAUGAUGAAGGUGUGGUAGUGGAUGAUUCAGGUGUUGCAGUGGAUGAUGCAGGUGUUGAAGUGGAUGAUGCAGGUGUUGAAGUGGAUGAUGCAGGUGUUGUAGUGGAUGAUGCAGUUGUUUCAAUGGAUGAUUCAGGUGUUGAAUUAAAUGAUGCAGGUUUUGUAGUUUAUGAUACAGGUGUUGUCGUGAAUGAUGCAUGUAUUGCAAUGGAUGAUUCAGUUGUUGUAAUGGAUGAUAAAGUUGUUGUAGUUGAUGAUGUAGUUGUUGUAGUGGAUGUUGUAGAUGUUGUAGUGGAUGUUGCAAGUGUGUUAGUGAAUGAUGCAGGUGUUGAAGUGGAUGGUGCAGGUGUUGUAGUGGAUGAUGCAGUUGUUGUAGUGGAUGAUUCAGGUGUUGAAGUGGAUAAUGCAGAUGUUGAAGUGGAUGAUGCAAGUGUUGCACUAGUUGACAAUUCAACUGUUGAUGUAGUGGCUAAUUCAGGUGUCCUAGUUAUUGUUGCAGAUGUUGUAUUGGAUGAUGCAGGUGUUGCAGUUAACGAUAAACAUGUUGAAGUGGAUGAUGAAAGUGUUUUAGUGGAUGAUGCAGGUGUUGUAGUAGUUGAUGAUUCAGGUUUUAUAGUGGAUGGUGCAGUUGCUGUAGUGGUGGACGAUGCAGGAGUUGAAGUGGAUGAUGUAGUUGUUGCAGUGGAUGAUGCAGGUGUUGUAGUGGAUGAUUCAGGCGUUGGAGUUGAUGAUACAGCAGUGUUUGUGGAUGAUGCAGGUGUUUUAAUGGCCGGUGCAGGUGUUGUAGUUGAUGAUGCAAGUGUUGUACGAGUUAUCAAUGUAGGCGUUAUUGUAGUGGCUAUUUAA